CCGCUCCAGUCCAUCCAUCCCGCCUCAUUCUUCUAACCCUAAACCCCUACCCUCGCCCGCCGCCAAUGUCAUCUCCGUCUCCCACCGCCAACGAUAACAAGAAGAAGAAGAAAAACAAGGACGACCAGAAGUCCGCCGCCAAUGGCGGCAUCGAGCGCACCUCCCUCCCCUUGCUCCCCGCCGCUUGCUUUGGUGGAGACCAGGACAAGGACUACUUUAUCAAACCCCAAUCUUUCACCCCGGCCGUCGACACCUCGACGUGGCCGAUCCUCCUCAAGAACUACGACCGCCUCAAUGUCCGCACCGGCCACUACACGCCGCUCCCCGCCGGGCACUCCCCUCUGAAGCGGCCGCUCGCGGAGUACCUCCGCUACGGCGUCCUCAACCUCGACAAGCCCUCCAACCCUUCCUCCCAUGAGGUGGUCGCUUGGAUCAAACGCAUCCUCCGCGCUGAGAAGACUGGCCACAGCGGCACCCUGGACCCCAAGGUCACCGGCAACCUCAUCGUCUGCGUCGACCGCGCCACCCGCCUUGUCAAGUCCCAGCAGGGCGCAGGCAAGGAGUACGUCUGCGUCGCCCGCCUUCACUCCGCUGUCCCCGACGUCGCCAAGGUCGCUCGCGCCCUCGAGACCCUCACCGGUGCCGUCUUCCAGCGGCCCCCGCUCAUCUCCGCCGUCAAGCGUGAGCUCCGCAUCCGGACCAUCUACGAGAGCAAGCUGCUUGAGUACGACCCCGACCGGCACCUGGUUGUCUUCUGGAUUUCCUGCCAAGCCGGAACCUAUGUUCGUACCCUCUGCGUCCAUCUCGGUCUGAUCCUUGGCGUCGGAGGGCACAUGCAGGAACUGCGGCGGGUCCGCUCGGGGAUCCUUGGCGAGAAGGAUAACAUGGUGACCAUGCACGAUGUGUUGGAUGCCCAGUGGAUGUAUGACAAUUUCAAGGAUGAGAGCUACUUGAGACGGGUGGUGAUGCCAUUGGAAGUGCUGCUCACCAGCUACAAGAGGCUCGUUGUCAAGGACUCCGCAGUCAAUGCCAUUUGCUAUGGAGCAAAGCUGAUGAUUCCUGGACUGCUGAGAUUUGAGAAUGAUAUUGAGGUUGGGGAGGAAGUUGUGCUGAUGACCACAAAGGGUGAAGCCAUCGCUUUGGGGAUUGCCGAUAUGACUACAGCAGUUAUGGCAACUUGUGAUCAUGGAUCGGUUGCAAAAAUAAAAAGAGUGGUGAUGGAUCGGGAUACCUACCCAAGGAAGUGGGGUCUGGGGCCAAGAGCACUAAUGAAGAAGAAGAUGAUCGCAGAAGGUCUGCUAGACAAGCAUGGGAAGCCGAAUGAGAAGACACCAGCUGAAUGGCUCAGGAAUGUGGUGUUACCAACCGGUGGAGAUUCAAUGGUUGCCAGCCUUGCUGCAGCACCAGAGUCUGUGGUGCAGAAGGAAGAGGUAGUGUUUGAAGUGGUGAAAGAGAAGAAGAAGAACAAACACAAAGAUGGCACUUAUAAUGAUGACGAUGGUGAACGGCGGAAACGGAAGUUGGAGGAUGCCGGAGAAGUUCCUCCUGUUAAGAAGGUAAAGAUCGAGGGACUUCAAGAUGCUAUACUUGGUGCUGAAGCAAAGAAGGUGAAGGACGAGGUUGAGGAAGCACUCGAGGAGGAGAGGAGCGAGAAGAAGAAAAAGAAGGAUAAAGAGAGAGAAGCAGAGGAAUUAGCUGAUGGAGAGAAGAUUGUAGAGAAGGUAAAAAAGGAAAAGGGCACCAAAGACGAAGGCAAAGCAGGUCCCUCUGAUGAAGAGAAAUCUAUGGAGAAAAAAAAGAAAAAGAAGAAGAAAAGUGAAGAGGUCAUUGACAGUAAAGAAAACAAAGUGGUGGAGAAAAAAGUGAAAAAGAAAGAGAAAAAGAAAAAGAACUACGAAGCAGAGGAAACAUCAGCAUGACGAAGCAGAUCAUGUUAUUUGGGGAUGCCACUAAAGUGUUUCAGUUGAACUGCCUAUGGUCAUUUAAUUGUGGUAUAUGCACACAGAUCUGUUUCUUAUUCUUGCAAAUCAGAUUUAUAUGAUGUAAGGCACAUGUUAAGCGCCAUGGGUUUCGGCUUAUACCUAUUUGCCUUCCAUUUUUCUUUAUGAAGAAUUUGUACGAUUGAAGAGAGCAAAUCACAUGAAGAUGUCUAAAGCCUCUGUUUUGUACUUUUUAAUUAAUUGCUGAUAACUCAUGUUCUAAUUUCCUAGCA